ACAGCGACCCAUCACAGUAGGUGCAGAAGCCCUCAGGUAAGGUAUAAGGAAAGUAGUGUCCGCAUUUCCUUUCGUUCCUGAACCAUCAAUGCUUGUCUGCCUUUCAAUCUCACCACAUUCGCAACGACGAUGGCCUCGAUCAAAUAUGCAGCACUGGCUGCCGCUCUCCUAAGCUCGGCGCAAGCUUCGCUCUACGGCGAGAGCAAUGUCAACCACACCUGUGUCCUAGAACCUCAAAUCUUGUCGUGUUCAUCAGGAGCUAAUGCAGCGACCGCCGACACCUGCUGCACCGAGACCUUCGGCGGACUGGUUCUCUCCACGCAAUACUGGCAAACCUACACUGGCCUCGAGUCGCAAGGCCAGCUCCUCCCGCCCAACACUUGGACGCUGCACGGACUGUGGCCUGAUUUUUGUAACGGCUCGUACACGCAAUACUGCGACCUUUCACGCCAAUUCGAUCCAGCCCCUUCACCCAACACCACCAAUGGCCUUGCCAACGGCACCGUUGUCCCCCCGUACAAGGGCCCCGGCGUGGACACCUUCAUCACGAAUUUCAGCCGCUACGAUCUGCUCAACUACAUGAACACGUACUGGACCAACCAGGGUGCUUCCAAUGAGGCUUUCUGGGCCCACGAGUUCUCCAAGCACGCUACCUGCUACUCGACCUUCGACGUCCCCUGCUACGGCCCCAACUACGUCCAGCACCAAGAGGUCAUCGAGUUCUACGAGACCGCAAUCAAAUACUACCGCCGCCUCCCGACAUGGGAGUGGUUAAACGAAGUCAACAUCACCCCAUCCAACACCACCCAGUACACCCUCUCCGACAUCCAGGGCCAAUUGGCCAAGAAGUAUGGCGCGACCCCCUAUAUUGGCUGCAGCGGCCCCAAGUACAACGCCACCGCUGCCGGCAAAAAUAGCACCGACAAUGGUGGCACCGUCGUCAGCGAGGUUUGGUACUAUCAACAUGUUGCUGGCCGUCCUCAAGAAGGAAACUCCAUCCCAGUCAACGCCACUACCCCCAACACUACUUGUGCGAAAGCGGCGAAGGCCUUGUGGUACUACGAGAUGACUCCUAGCUCUGUGCGUAACACUACUAUUCCCGCGCGGAAGUAGACACAGCUUGCAGAAAUAUACUUAAGCCAUAUAUUGACAGACGUAAAUAAAGAUAAUGUAAUGGUAUUGUACUUGUAAUUAUGACCUUUUGCCAUUCACGCGCAAUUCC